AUGGAGAAGACAAUCUCUUCCCAUUCGGUAGAGCACAACGAAGGCCUAGCUAGGCACGACACACGCGACGACAAGAAGAGUUCUAACGUCAUGCUUGGCCGUGCUGGCUCUUGGGAAGCUACCUUGGACGAAGCCCAGGCAGCGAAUGCGCAUGAGCAUGCUCUGACUGUUCGUCAAGCCCUCAAGUCGUACCCGUGGGCUGUCGUCUGGUCCCUCGUUGUGUCACUAUCCAUUAUCAUGGAAGGCUAUGACACUAUCUUGAUUGGCUCGCUCUAUGCCUAUCCUACUUAUGCUCGGCGAUUUGGAGAAUAUCAGGAUGCAACCAAGACAUACCAGAUUCCUGCCCGCUGGCAGAGUGCUAUGGGCAGCGGUCCGCAAGCCGGUGCCAUCGUUGGCGCCAUCUUGAAUGGUUUCAUCAUACAGCGCUUUGGGUAUCGGCCUGCAUUUCUCCUCGGCGUGGUGUUGAUGGCUGCUUUUGUCAUGGUAUCAUUCUUUGGCAUGUCUGUUGAGCUUCAGGCAGUGGGACAGAUUCUCUGUGGGCUGCCUUGGGGCAUCUUCGCCACGAUCGGUCCUGCGUAUGCUUCGGAACUCUGUCCGCUUCCUCUUCGCGUAUACCUCACCGCCUACACCAACAUGUGCUUCGCCACAGGACAGCUCAUUGGCGCUGGAGUUCUCAAGAGUUUCAUCGAGUGGGACAACGAUUGGGCAUGGCGCGUUCCUUUUGCUUUACAAUGGCUAUGGAUCCCAUUCCUCUUCGUCGCCUGUAUAUUCAUGCCUGAGUCUCCCUGGUAUCUAGUCCGCAAGGGUCGAUACGACGAGGCUGAAAAGAGCGUCCUCCGUCUCAUGGCCACUGACGAAAAGCCUCAAGCAAAGCCUCUCGUUGCACUGAUGAUUCACACGAACGAGACCGAGAAACGAAUUGCAGAGGGCACUUCAUACUUCGAUUGCUUCAAGGCGGCUGAUAUACGCCGUACCGAGAUUGCUUGUGUGUCGUUCCUUGGUCAGAUUACCUGCGGUGCCCAGUUCGCUUAUUCAGCCACGUACUUCUUCCAACAAGCGGGGUUGGACUCAGAGACCUCGUACAACCUCAAUCUUGGCGGCACUGGAAUGGCAUUCUGUGGUACUAUUGCGUCGUGGUUCCUGAUGAGACACAUCGGCCGUCGAAACUUGUAUCUCGCAGGCAUGAGUGCCAUGAGCAUGUGGCUUCUUAUCAUCGGCGCUUUAGCUACCAACACUUCCAAUCCCGCCGUCAAGUGGGUUCAGUCGAUCCUCUGCUUGAUCUGGCUCCUUACCUUCUCUCUUACUGUUGGCCCAAUCGGAUGGGCCAUCCCUGCCGAAGUUUCGUCCACGCGUCUGCGAUCCAAGACCGUGGUCUUGGCCAGAACCUCAUACUACCUGGCACAAAUCGUUGCCAAUGUCAUUCAGCCAUACAUGAUGAAUCCUUCUGCAUGGAAUUGGAAAGGCAAGACUGGAUUCUUCUGGUUCGCUUUUGCGUGUCUCAGUGUUGUCUGGGCUUUCUUCCGCCUGCCUGAAACAAAGGGUCGCAGCUAUGAAGAACUUGACCUGAUGUUCGAGGCUAAGCUUCCGACGAGGAAAUUCAAGACUUAUCACGUCGAUGCCUAUGAUAACAGCCAGGGAGCAGGAGUGGUAAAGGUUUAG